AUGUCUCACCUUGACAGCAACAGUACUCCACCAGACACCUUGUCCGAGAAGCACAUUCCAGGACCCGGCACAUCUCCCACUUCCCUCAAUCCUGAAGAAGCGGACCGACUACGAUCCAAGGCCCUUUCGACUGAUGUCUCCAAGCUACAAAAUGGUUACUUCUUCAGUGCAAGGAUCGUUGGCUCAUUCUCUGGAACUGGAAUCGUCGUACUUGCGACGUAUUUCCAGUUCCAAGCCUUAGCUGCUGCGAUAUCUUCCGUCAACGCAGACAUCGGGCCAAGCGCCAACGUUGCCCUCGUCAGUACAGUAUGGACCGUGUCGCAGCCUAUCUCCCUCUUGCUGUUUGGUCGACUCAGCGAUCGCUUUGGGCGCCGCAACUUUGCCUUGGGUUCCUGCGUGCUUGCGAUCAUUGGUGGCAUCGUCGCGGCCACAGCGCAGUCUAUCGAGACGUUGAUUGGAGCCGAAGUUAUUAUGGGCAUCGCGUCUGGAGUGCCAGCAGCGUAUCCACUCCUAGCGGGCGAGCUCGUAAGUAACAGGUACAAAUAUGUUGGUACUGCUCUAGUCGUCGUGCCAAAUGUGAUUGCGACCGGCUUUGGGGCAUACAUUGGUCUGCGAUUGGUUCAGGUAGCUGAUUGGCGAUGGAUCUUCUACAUAUACAUUAUGAUGAUGGUUCCCGGCGCUGUCUUGUGGUUUUUCUUCUACCAUCCGCCUUCUUAUACCCAGCUUCACGGCAAGAAGUCCAGCAAGAUCACCGAACUCAAGAAGGUCGACUGGACAGGGGUCGCCCUUUUGGUAGCUGGUCUGGCUCUUUUCCUACUUGGCAUCUCUUGGGGCGGUCCUGCACAGCCGUGGUCAUCUCCAAGAAUCCUCGGUCUUUUGCUCUCGGGUGCAGUGGCCAUUAUCGCGUUUAUCCUCUACGAGGUCUUCCUAACGCCGGUACAACCGAUCGUUCCGAUGCGCUUCUUCCGCGACAUACGUGGGUUCACCUGUCUGGAAGUCAUUUCAGCGACUUACGGUGUCAUCAAUAUCGCGCUUUUCGUUAUGUGGCCACAACAGGUUGUCUAUAUCUUUGGUUCCACUGUUAGUUCCUGGGAGGAGACCGCAUGGCUUUCAACAACAGCUGCAUUCGGCCUUUGGGGCGGGAUAGUCAUUCUCGGUCCUCUUAUGUCGUGGAUUGGCCACAUCAGAUACCAGAUCUUGGUCUCUUCGAUCUGGAUGACCGCUUUCCUUGGUGCAAUGGCCAGCAUCACGGUGGAAAACAAAGCUCGUGCGAUUGCCUUUUCGUUUCUGGCGGGUUGGACCAUUGGGUGGGGCGAGGUCAUCGCAGCGAUUGUCGUACAGUAUGUAGUCUCAGACCAAGACCUCGGUGUUGCGUUCUCUGUGAUCUCGGCAUCCCGCACUAUCUUCGGUUCCAUCUUCACGGCCGCAUUCAUCGCAGUGUAUACGAACAAAGUGCCGGGCUACCUUGCAUCGAUAGUACCGCAACGCGUUUUAGCAGAUGGACUACCGGAAAGCUCCUUGAGUGCGCUAAUGGCAGCUGCCGCGACCGCCAACCAAACAGCUCUUCUAGAAAUCGAUGGCAUGACACCGGAACUGCUUCGCACCACCAACAUAGCUAUCAGCGAUGCUUACUCCGAAUCGUAUGCUUACGUAUACUACUUCGCUGUCGCUAUCGGGGUGCUUGCAAUCGGCGCGUCACUGUGUAUGCGCGAUUUCGAUGGCUAUCUUACUGGCCAUGUAUCGAGGCAGCUGUACCGCAAGAGAGACACCAGCACUGACCCAUUGGAAGCUACCACACAGGUAGCUGGUCAAGGCUCGGUCGACGACAGCGACGGUGCCACGAAGGCCUGA